AUGUUCUGGGAGUUUGGUUCAUCCCAGGUGGCUCCAACCGAAGGGGCGGCCGAGCCUCUGCGAGAUGACGUUGGGGAUCAUUCCCGUGAUCAAGAAGGAGAUUCGCGAGAUGAAGAAAAGUUCGACAACCACCACAACAAGCAACAGAAUGAGCAUGUUAGUGAUGUGUCAAUGUUUUCUGCGCUGACAGAACUUCUCCUGAACCCGUUCCUCGAUGGGUACUGCCAGACCCCGUUUUGUUCGGAUGGGGAUUAUCUGCCUCCUAGUUGCCCCGCAGGACGGCACUACUAUACGACUCCAGAAUAUAGCAAGCCUCAUCCGGAUGUACCGGUACCGGUAGUGGAGACUCAUGGGAGCGAGGAGUAUGGUGAUAUCUGCAGGAGCCCUUCCGGGGCUUCUUCUGGGGCGGGCAGCCACGGCAAGAAGCGACGACAGAGGCCCUUGGCUCUUGCCGUGGGAUAUGGCCAUGACUGGAAAGACAUGGAUGGUCGACGAGUUGUGAUUACGCCCAGUGCUUCCAGGCUAUCACAAUAUCAUCAUCAACAGCAGCAUCAAUCGUCCCCGUCCUACAGGCCACUGACUUGCACGUGCACUUCUCCAAAAUCCAACAACUCCCUAGUGCUACCGGAAAGCAGCAACCAAAACGACAGUCCGCAUCGGACCAAACCCGUCAUGUGCAAGUUUUGUGCAAACAACAACAGAAUCCGAGACUUGGAAGUUCCUCCUAGUCACAGCUCCGGAACAAUCAGUUCACAAUCUCAGAAGCGCACCUUUGGUGCAUACUUAUAG